AUGUCUUCCGAAAAGUCACUUGCUUUGAGCAAUGACACCUUUUUCUCGCCUUCCCAGCGCAAGAAUGAGGAAAAGCAGCCGAAUCGCGCAUCGGAAAGCCGACGCAAGCGACGAGCGAACCUCUAUGAUGCUGUAGCUGGCCGGAUAAACUCACACGGGUUUAUUCCCGACAAACCGUACUUUUCGCAAUACCGUGACACGGCAUCUUCCAGCAACCGUCCCCUCCCACCAGAAGAGGUUUUGUUCCGCCGAAAGGGCAUGCCCGUGCGCUAUGAGGAGACCGAUCGGUACUUUGCUCAUGAGUCCUUACCACCCGACCGUCCGCUUCCUAGCUCUGAUCUCCUAGAAUCAGUCCACGCCUAUACUUCAGAUUUCUACGAUAAGGCAACAAGGGGCAGCGGGAGAGCAGAUUAUUUCAGCAUGAACGGAAAGUCAUUGAUGUUUAUGGGUAUAUUACUGGAAGAGUUGGCAAAGGAGUCUCUAGGCGAAACUGGUGACUUGGUGCUCGUUGAAGGGGAGGAUAUGACAGAUGACGAAACUUCCUCCACGGUCGGCAGGAGGAGACGCAAACGGUCUAAUAGUGCAAUGAGCAUUUAUGCGAGCUCAGGCGAAGAUCUGGAGAGUGUGCUAAGGUGGAACAAGCGGUCGAAGAAACGCAGGCUGACCCGACGGGCAUCCACUACCGAUGUGGACACGGAAGCCGAAGCCAGGCGCUGA